AUGGCUUUGAAUAUCAGUGGCCUAGUAGCCCUGCUUUUAUUUUAUGCCCUGACUUUAGCUACUGGAAUAUGGGCUUCCCGGAAAACUAAACAGAAGGAGCACCAGAAGCCCAGUGAAAUAGCCAUAGUGGGAGGCAGGAACAUGACCUUUUGCACUGGAUUGUUCACAGCAACUGCAACAUGGGUUGGAGGAGCUUAUAUCAAUGGCACAGCUGAAAUUGUCUACCUUCCCUUGAGAGGACUGGCAUGGGUUCAAGCUCCAGCAGGCUUUGCUUUGUCUCUCCUUGUUGGGGGGUUGUUCUUUGUCAACCCCAUGAGAAUGAGAAAUUAUGUGACUCUGAUGGAUCCAAUCCAAGAGAUCUAUGGGAAUGUGAUGGGCUGCCUUCUUUUUAUCCCCCCCUUGAUCGCUGACAUAUUCUGGUUUGCUGCUAUUCUUGCCUCCUUAGGAGCAACCAUGAAGGUCAUUUUGGAUAUCCAGGGUUAUUUUUCCAUCAUUCUUUCUGCAUGUACAGUAAUAUUGUAUACUUUGCUGGGAGGUCUGUAUUCAGUGGCAUAUACAGACGUGAUACAACUGAUCUUUAUAAUAAUCAGCCUGUGGAUUUGUAUCCCUUUUGCCAUCAUGAACCCUGCCACAGAAAAUAUCUUUUAUACGGCUACCCACAAUAUAUUCCAAGCAUCUUGGAUUGGAAAAGUAGAAAUGGAUUAUUAUGGAAGAUGGUUGGAUGACUUCUUAUAUUUGGUUCUUGGGGCCAUCCCAUGGCAAACCUAUUUCCAGCGAGUUCUCUCAGCUUCUUCCACCAAAGAAGCCAGACUAAUUUCCUAUUUUUCUGGACUGGGCUGCUUCAUCAUGGCUAUCCCUUCUGUACUGAUUGGGGCGAUUGCUGCCUCCACAGACUGGAACCAGACAGACUACGGGCUCCCCACGCCAAAUGAAAGAAACGAGUCCGCUCUCAUACUUCCGCUAGUUCUUCAGCAUCUCUGCCCGGGGUACAUCUCCAUUGGUGGCUUGGGCGCCAUAGCAGCUGCUGUGAUGUCUUCUGGGGACUCUGCUUUGCUCUCUGCGAGUUCCAUGUUCGCUCACAACAUCUAUAGGAAAAUAUUCCGGAAAAAGGCAGCAGAGAAAGAUGUUUUAUGGGCAAUGAGAGUUUCCAUGGUGAUAUUUGGGACAAUUUCAGCAGCUCUGGCUUUCUACUCCCAUUCGAUUUAUGACCUCUGGUUCUUGGGCGGAGAGCUAGUGUAUACUCUCCUCUUUCCCCAGCUGUGUUGUGCUUUGUUUCUUCCCAGCACCAACACCUAUGGCUCAAUGGCUGGGUUCUUCCUUGGCUUUCUUCUACGUCUAUUGGCAGGGGAGCCAUCCCUGAAGAUCCCCCCUGUGAUCUGUUACCCAGGAUGCUCAGUUGUAGAAGGUGUCCAUGUUCAGCUCUUUCCAUUCAAAAUAGUCACCAUGCUGAUCACGCUAUUGACCAUCUUCUCAGUUUCCCAUCUGGCCAGCUUUAUGUUUAAGAGCAAUAUCCUUCCUGCUGAAUGGGAUGUCUGCCAGGUUAUUAUGGAUGACAGAGUGCCCGUUCCCUUCUACUGGGAAGAAAGGCAGAUGGAUGUACAAAACAAUCAAGAAUUGUGA